UCUAAUCUAACUUUAGAUUAACAGAUUAUGCUCUCGUCACAUUUUCAUUGCUUUGCAACGCUGCUAGCAGACUACCGUAGUAUUUAUAAACAAAACAUCAAAACCUUUUCAAUUCUCGACAAAGCUCGAUGUCUUUCUCGCUACAGUUUUGAAGUUGACCGUUAUCCUUUUAAUAUGUCAGAAAGCGUGCAAUCACUACAGGAUUCACUUGAAAUAUACCAAAAUCAGUUGAAACAAAUACAAGAUGCAUUGUUGAUCGCGAAUGAAGAACAAAAACCGGACUUGCAGCAAAUUGUAAAAGAUUUAGAAGAAAUCAUAUUGCUUACUGAAACAAGUCUAUCAAGUGCACCGGUCCAGGAAGAUAAUGAUACCUCAUCAGCAAACAGCCAAAAUGAAUCAUACUUGGAUGAAGAACUUUCAGCAUUAGAGGGGAUGAAAUGUAAAGCUCCGUUUAAAUAUGAAUGGGGUGGAGUUGGAUACCACAGUGCUAUUAUCAUUGGUUCUGAGUUAGGCGAGGAUGAUUUAGUUUAUGUGAAAGCUGUUUUCAUGCACCCCACUACUAAAAAAAUGCAGCCAUGUCCAUAUUUUUUAGAAGGAAAUUGUAAAUAUCCAGAUGAAAAGUGUCAUUAUUCCCAUGGCUACACUGUCCGAUUGGAUGAAGUGCAAGAUUUCAGUGAUCCAGACUAUAGCAAAAUCACUGAGGGCUGCACAGUAUUAGCAAAGUAUAAAGAUGAACUGUGGUACAGAGGAAUUGUUGAAGACAUCAUCAAAGGAACAGAGUUUUCCGUCAAAUUCCAACAUUGCAAUGAUGUACUGUUACUCAAUUUGCAUGCUGUCUAUCCUCUAGAUGAAGACGACGAAGAUUCGUCCUCUGAAUCCAGUGAGGAUGAAGACGACGACGACUCUCAAUUUACUCCGAGAUGCCUAGAAGAACAUAACGUAGGAGCUGCUAAAGAAACUGGCUCGUUUGGAUUCUGGGAAAAACAUACUAGAGGAAUUGGAUCUAGACUAAUGGAGAAAAUGGGGUAUGUCCAUGGUUCUGGAUUGGGAAAGGAAGGAGAAGGUAGAAUCAAUCCAGUAGAAGCCAUGGUUUUCCCGCCGGGUCGAUCACUGGAUCGUUGUAUGGAAUUGAGAGAAGAAGCCGGAAGUGGGAAUAUGCUUUCGGUGGAAAAGAAACUUGAACGCCAAAAAGCCAAAGCCCAGCAUCGAUUGCGUCAAAUAGCCAACGCAUCCGAACGUGGAUCAGUUUUCGAUUUCAUCAAUUCCAAGCUUACAAAAACCAGUGGACAGGAUUCCAAAGGAGACGGGGCUUCGCAUUCACGAACAAAAGUGUCUGACUUGGGGCAGCUAACUCGUGAAAAGCUGAACGUUCAAAGCCUCCAGAUCGGAGAAGAAAUUCGCAGAGCUGAGCGUGACAUCAUUAAAAUGAAACAAUCUCUUCAACGUCAGAGUGAUCGUGGUGACCUUGCAUCCGUUUCGCAAAUCAGAUCGAGACUGGCCGAGAAAGAAAAAGAUUUAGAUCGACUUCGAGCUUCUGAUCGUCACAUAGUGAACGAGCAAAAGCAAAGAAAGAGCUCUUCUAAAUUGACCGUUUUCUAAACUGACCUUUUCCGUAAUACUUCCAAUAAAGAUAACCGUGUAACAACUAAUAAUCUAAACUUCGUUUCAACUAAUCACAAUGAUCCAUAAAAAUGCGAUAUGAAUUUUGUAAUCAGAAAGUAAGAAACAAUAAGAGUUUCCAAACAAGAAGGUAAUAACAAUUAUAACAACAGUUCAUUUCAAUGGUGGGUUAGCGGGCAGUUAAAUUAAUAGAAUCCGUUGAAGAAUGGGUAAGGUUGAGGGUAGUAACCAGUAAAUCCAGGGUAAGGAGUGACGAAUCGGGCAGGAGCGAUGGGAGCAACUGGGGCAGUGUAAACGGCGUUGUCGGGCUGGCCGUCCUGGUUCAGGUCAACGCUUUUGUAACGGAAAUCGUUGAGGAAUUCAGCUGGGUUGUGGGGAAGGACGGCAACUUGACGUUUGCUGCGGGUGGACUUGACCUCAGCGGCGGGAGCAGCGGCAGCCUGGACGAAGGGGUAGGUGAAAGGAGCGCCGUAAGUGUA